AUGGCCUUUCCGCCGAAACAGGGACAGCAUAUUGUCCCAUGUCUCUGCAGCAUCCUCCUUCUCCUAUCGGUCAUGUCCUUCUCCCACGCAAAGACGCAGCCGUCCAAAUGCCGUGAUUUCGAUCAGGAUCAGCUCAGGGGCAACUACACCAUGGACGACGUCAGGUCCGAGUUCUAUGUAAUGGAUUCCGGGGUGCUCCGCAAACUCAACGACUCCGACGUGAACAACACCCGAGUGUUGUCCACCAUCGGUAUCGCACGACUCUGGCAAUUUCGCCACGACACCGACGGGCGGGAGGUCGACGAGGCGUCGUUCAGGGCAACCAUCUCAUAUCAGCCGCUGUGGAACCGGAGCACGUCCCGCCGGGGUGGCCGCCUCACCUUCCUCAUCCUCCCUGCUUUGGUGCCACUCAACCGCUCGACCUUGGAGCAACUCUUGGCCAGAGAUGUUGGCCCGCUCAACCUCACCGACAACACUACAUCGCGCAGCGCCGCCUUCUCCGGCGGCACCAUCUCUAUCGGGAUUGGUGUGCUGUCUAAGCUUACGACCAUGGAGAUCAUGGUUGUCGAUAUCACUAUCGAUCCGGUAUCAGCUACCUCCCUGUGGAUCGACUACGACCAUGCAGGGCACAGAUUGUCGGUCUACGACCACGAGGACUUCCUAGCCAAACCCAUAGCUGAGGUGCCCCUGAACAUUACCAGCUUUCCUCCGCAGUCCUUUUUCUUCCUCGUCUCUACGGCGGAGCAGGUACGCAGCUCUCGAGUUCGCUGGAACGCGACGAUCGAGUACCUCCCUCAGUACAACGGCUUGCCAAGGAAGGUGGCCAUCUUGUCCUCUGUCCUCGGAUCCGUAGCUGCCACCGCCUUGAUGGCUGUCGGCCUGGCGUGCUACUUCAACUCGAGGUACCGACGGUGGCACAAGGAUCUGGACCAGCUCGCCAGGUCCAUGGAGCGCCUCCCUGGGAUGCCCACGAAGGUGGAGUUCGCAGACAUCAAGAAGGCCACCAGCAACUUCCACGAAGCCAUGAAGCUCGGCGGUGGCGGGUUUGGAACCGUGUACAGGUGCACGCUCCCAGCAGCAGCUUCCAAGACAGAGCGGCCAAUGGACGUGGCCGUCAAGAGGUUCACGCGCGACGUGGAGAACCGACGCUACGACGACUUCCUCGCCGAGGUCAGCAUCAUCAACAGGCUACGCCACAAGAACAUUGUCCCUCUCAUCGGUUGGUCUUACAAUAAAGGAGAGCCUCUGCUUGUGUUCGAAUUCAUGACCAUGGCAGUUUGGACCAACAUCUCUUCCCGAGAGGCGGCGGUCACACCGGGCAGCAACGGGAGCAAGGCACUGACGCGGCCGCCAUCCAACAAUGGGCCACCCGGUACGAGAUCGUCAGAGACGUAG